CUGACAACGAAUUUUUUUUUUCUCUUUUCUCUUUUCAUUCUUCAAUACCACAAAGCAAAAAAACGCCUCCUGGACUUCACUCAACUUUAUACCUUAUUAUUAUUCACCAGCAAUAAUAGCCCAUCAUCAUCACCAUCAUCAUCAUCAUCAUCACCAUCAUCAUCAUCACAGCGAGUCAUCUUUGGCUUACAUCCGUCCUAUUAGAGUCGCUUUCCUUCCAAGUCUUCCUAAAACGUGUCCCUAGGUUAUAGGGCUUUGUGAACGUUUACCAAACGUAUCCGCAGUCGUUACAGGCUCUCUCUGUCCUGCAUCGCUGCCCCUGGCUCUAGAGCCUCAAGCGCCUCAUAUUGGAUAUUGUCAUCUUCCGUACCGAGAGCAAUAGCAGAAAUAACUGUGGAACUCCAACUUCCCCCAAUAUAGACUCUACCAUGGGGAUCACAAUAGAAGCCAAGUUUGAAUCACAGGACUCUCCAUCAAACGCUAAUCCCUCUUCUGCUUCCCCGACUAACCUACUAUUAAUGCCUACUUCGGUAGAGCUGUCACCUUUAUCAACACCUAUAUACCCACAUUUACCAUCUUCCUCAUCGUCCCCACCUUCCAACAUCGUAUCCAGCCAACUCAACGAAGAGAUUGAUGUAACAUUCGGCAAUGACAGAAUUGUUAUUUUUCAUGAGUCAAAUAUCCAAGUAGCAACGCCAAGACUGUCACAUCGACCUACAUUGCGGCAAGCCAGGCAAAAUGGCGCAGCAGUCUCACUUCCUCGUGAGCCCCUCUCUAUUAACAAUACUGAAUAUGACUGGGAUCUGCCUAAUGGACAAAGCAACUAUAACAACUACAAUAGCGACAGUGAUGACAGCAACAAUAAUGACGAUGAUCAAAAUACAGAGUAUGGACCUCGCCUUUCUUUAACCACAUCUGCCGUCGGUGGUGAGAAUAGAGAAUAUGAGCACGAGGACGAGCAUGAGGGACAUGAGUCUGCAGAGCAAAUGCGGCAGUCGUCAUCACUUGGCGACAUUAAUUAUGCACAAGACUGGAAUCGACUGCUACAGCCACAUCCCUCUCACUCUCGCUCCCCGUAUCAGUUAUCACCGCCUUCGAUACCAUCACUUACAACUACAGGACCGAGCCAGCAGCAACAUCACACACUAUCACGAUUCCUUGCAUUAUCAACCCCGAUGAUCAGGGAAGUGUCGUUACCUUCUGAUCUACCGCAGGCAAAUGAACCAGUCGCGCUACAGAUCAGACGCGUCCAGAGUGAAUAUAAUCUUGGUCUCCGUCAACGGCUUGUGCAACAACAACAACAACGACUACAGCGUGAACAGCGGCUAUUGGAGCAUGAGCAUGCCGCUGCGCUGCUCCCACCCUCACCUACAGCUCAAAAUCAGACAAGGAUGAGCCAAGGCCCUUUCUCAGAUCCUGCUCCCAUACUGCGGCGGCAUCGCACAGCUCCAUUACCGCUUGCUUAUCUACAAAACUCUCAUCUCUUGACGCCUGGCUCUCUGGCCCAUCACCAUCCGCACACUUCGAUUGCUAGGUCACCUGAGCCUCGGGACGCUGAGGAUCAAAUGCUCACAUCUGUUGCUAUAGCACGAUCUGACGAUAGAGACACUCGACAUCCCCAUCAUCACUACCAACAGCUACAUCAACGACAGAAUCAUCAGCUUACAUUGUCAGACGGCGAUAGGGCUUAUCACGAGAGUGGAGGCCCAAGUUUCCCGUUAUCAGUGCCUCAAUCAUCAUCUCCUGAUCCUGGUUUUACUCAAGAUGGGGUUGAUUUAAUGUCUGCCUCUGAUUUUGUGUCCCCACCUAGGCCUGCUAGAUCUGUCUCGUGGUUAUCCUCACCACAUCAUCAAGCAAUUCCUUUUAUGAGACGUUAUUUCGAGCAUACAACAGCAACUCUUAUAUCCUCUUCGGCAUCCGUUGGUAAUAUCAUUGAGCCACAGGGCUCUAUCGACGGGUUUGUAAAUGGACUCGAGACUAGGGUGGGUGUCAAUUGGGCUGAUCUAGACAUUCAAGGGCCUCGUCGUGACGAGCACACUUGGAGAUCACGUACUGCAGAGUCCGAUCCUUUGCAUGCCGAUCCUUUGCAUGCUGAUCCUGAUGAGGAGAUGGUUGGAAGAUAAUAAAUAUUUAGGCUUAUUCAUGCUUUUUAUUAUUAUUUUUUUUACGAAAGCAUCAUUUGUAGUUCAAGUGUACCGCUUCAGUAGUUUACACACACCUUAUCCUUUUACUUAUCUGAUAUAAUAUGCCAUCUCAUUUAUCAACUUGAGAACU